CUUAUCGAUUCGAAAAUUGUUAUUUUUCUCUUCAGUAUUUGUCGAUUGCACUGUCGAUUGUGCUAUUCACUAACUUAUGUUAACUAACACUGAACAGCUGUUUUCUUCUAUUUAUUCAAACUGAUAGAGAGUGGCAUCUUUGUCAAAUUAAAUGUCAGAAUGAGCGAAUAACAUGAAGAAGAGAAACAAAAAAACAUAGACGCCAAACUAUUAAAUGCAGUGAGUGUUUUUUACCAAAAAUAUAUGUACAAAGAUGACAUCGACAGCUACCAAAAGAAGCCGUGCCACAUCCGAGCAGCUAAAUCACCUGCUUGACUACCUAAUGGAAGUCCCGGGUCUAGCAGGAUCUAGGUUCCACAGCCUCCAUGGUAAGUUUGAGUGCGAUAAAAAGUGGAGCGAGCUUGCAACAAAAUUAAAUAGUCUGGGUGGAGCGGUGAAGACGGUGAAUCAAUGGCAAACGGUAUGGCGGGACUUAAAAAGCCGCACCAGCAUUAAAGCACGGAAUAGGCGAAGGCAACAAGCUUUAACGGGAAACAGGCCUAUCAGUGAGGAGCCCCUAACGGAACUCGAGAGGCGGGUGUCUGCUCUCAUAGGGGAGGAGUAUAUGAAGGGCCACGAUUCAACCCCUGAAAAUAUUCCACUGGAGGAGGUAAUCCAAAUGGGUAUCGAAGUGGAAGAUGAAAGGGUGAUUUCGGAAGCCCCGUCGCCUUUACGGACGCCACUGGCAGAGAAUUUCACGCUGAGGUCAGGUAAUUCCCAUAUCUCAGACAGGAGAACACCACGGGCGAGCUUGAAAAGAAAGCGCAUGGAAGAAGACGGUAAUGCUCGGAAGAAAUUUUUAGAAAUUGCAGAAAAACAGGCAGAUGCACUAAAGAUGCUAGCCCAGUCGAGUAGAGAAACAGUAGAAGUCGCGAAACAACAAGCAGAUGCUUUAAAGAUCUUAGCCGAAAGCAGCUCUGCAAAUGCCCAGGCGAAUAAAAUGCUGGCGGAGGCAAUAGCCGUAUUGGGGAAUGGUCUAAGCGCUACCGCAGAAGCAUUCAACAAUCUAACGAAUGCAAUCUACCGUAUGUAGAUUAGAAACAAAUUCCGCAGUUCCUUUUUAUGUGCAUAUAUACAUAAUUUUUUUUUUUAGUACCUGAAGUUACUUUUUAUUUUUAUUUUUUAUAAGUAAACAUGCUGUGGUAAUGUUAAGUAACAUUAAUUAAAUGAAUUAAAAUGUAUUGUUUUCGUUUUUACAAAUAGACUGAUCUUUGAAUUUAUAAACCAUGUGUACAUACGCUUAUGCAUACCUAUAUACAUAAAUAGAUUUAUGUGCCUGUAACCUAAAACUGUAUGUAAACUGAAGUUAAAGACUGAAUUGUUUUUAUUGAAUCUGCAUAUAAUUUUGUUCAAUAAAAGGUUU